CUUUCCUGGUGCAGCCUGAGAGAAGGGAGGGGAACUGUUUUCUUUUUUCUGUGAGAGAAGCCGGGCACUUCCUCACAAUGCUCCUCACCACCUGUCCUUGACUUAGUGAACGCGGACAGACUCAGACUCUACCAGCAGUCUUUCUUCGGAGGUUUUCUUCCUACCUGUGGUGCUUCAGCAAAGAAGUGGAAGAGGGAAGCGCUGCAUGCCGGUGCAGAUUCUCAGUCAUCCUGGGGAAACGUUCAUCCUCUGGCAGUGAGAGCUCUGAUGGGAGGCAGCUCUGACUCUGGCUGGGACUGGGGAUGCUGAACGGAGGGAGGGAGGGCCUGUUUGAGCUGGGACAGCAGCUCCAGCAGCAGGGGGAGUACCAGGCCGCCCUCCACUGCUUCCUCAGCUGCCUGCUGGGACUGACCCACGUCCAGAGCUUCACCUCUCUGCCCAACUGCCUGCACCAGAUUGCUGAACUCUUCAUCACUGAAAAAAACUAUGGGAAAGCCCUCCAGUUCAUCCAAGCUGAAAAGAUGUUCUACGAAGUAGCAUUGAUCGAGCUCACCGCUCUUCAUGGAAGCCCAGGGCCUCAGGAGGACGCCACCCUGGGCUCUGCGGGAUGGACAACACCAGAGGAACUUUCAGAGCAGGCUUCUCAAGCACAGCACCUCGAACGGCUGGCUCAGCUCUGCAUCAUGAGCAAACAACCUCAUCUUGCCUUAGAAUACAGUGGUAAGGCUACAAAGAUUCACCAGAGAACCUAUGGUAACGAUCAUCCGGUAACAGCCCGAAGCCUGGAGCUCAUGGCAACUGUCUAUGCCGAGAUCGGGAAGACGGAAUAUUCAGAUUCUCUGGGCCAGUGUGUGUCGGCACUUUCCAAACGCUUUGCCACUGCAGAGUCCCUCAGAGACACCGUCAACUGUCUUCAUCAUUCCCAUCGCGAGAAAAUUUCCGAGGUGUGUCACAGAAAAGACUCCCACCACCAACACGAAGACAAACUCACACAUAAGGUGACCAGCGGCAAAAUUCCUACCUCCAUUCUAAAGAGGCCAAGUCCCAACAAUGGGUCAGACACAGAGCCCAGCCACAGACGGAAAGGCGAGCGCAGGGUUCGAUUCAGGGAGCCAGAGACCACAGUGCAUGCUUAUGAGACGACGCCGACUCGCCCACAUCUCGCCCUGUUCACCUGUCUCUUCCUACUGAUGUCAUUCCUCGGCGUGGCGAUGUACUGCACCGAUCGGCGGCGGCCGCAAAGAGCAUGCGAGGAGCUGGAGGCCGCCUUGGCCGUCUACCUGGUGCACAUGAAGCAGCUGCUGUGGGGCUGCUGGAUAUGGCUGACCAUGCAGUGACUGUGACAGACCACAGAUGGAGACGUGGAGCUAUUUUAUUCCCCCAGUUGUUUUUUUUUUUUACCUUUGAAGGUGCCCAGGCCUAUAAACAGCUCCGCCAUGUUGCAUGGCUCUGAAAUGGCACCCCUUCCCCACUGAAAAAAGGGAAUAUAUUAAAUGUUGGAAACAUGUAGCUUUCAUUUCUGUAUGUAUAUAUCUAUAUAUGCACUACAGUUUGGAAAUGCCACUCCAUGUGUUGGUUGUGAAAACAUUUUGCACAAUUGCAAGAAUAAUGUUCACAUGAUCCCCACGAUGGUUUGAUCCUUCAGUUCAGGUUAAAGUAUUUUGCCUGUGAGUGGAUGUUUCCAGGGAAUGCAAAUAUUUAUUUUAUAACAAAACACUUAUUUCUGUAUGUUAUAUAUCACAAACAACUGAAUGUGUAUAUAUGUUUCAAUAUACUAAGGUCUAUCGCUAUCAGUAUUUAGCCUUGUAUUUCCAUAUAAAUGAAUGUAGAGAUGUUUGAAAAUGAUGCAGCAGUGCCCUUCUCCAGGGCCAAGGAUCGCAUGUUUGGUUCCGAUCCGAUAGCGCGUGAACACAGGGCUACAUCACUUCGCAGUACGGGCUUAAAUGAGGUAGAAAACACAUUCUUCUUUCUUAACUGUGUUUCUUCAAGAGUAUAAAAAUGUGUGGCACAUUAUAGUUAGUCAAAGUGAACAUACCCAAACUGCAGUGUCUUGUAAAAGACUUUUCAUGCCCCUUUUUUUCCCCUCAUGUUUUGUCUGUUCAUUAGAAUUUUAAAGUGAAAAACUAGAGCAUAAUUCAGAACUGGAAUUCAUGCUGCAUCUUUUAUGUUUAUAUACAUGUAAACUUAAUAGGUGCUACAUGCAUUGGUUCCUUUAGAUUCGGUAUAGAGGGAACAGAGUAAUGAAUUGAAUGCUAAUGUACGUCACACCUUUGAAUGCUUUAAGCUUUUUUUUUAAUCUUACAGGUUUCUUUUGAGUAUCAGAGUAAAAGGGGCUGAACACAUAUUUUGUAACUUAUUCUUGCUCCCUCUAAAUAAAACUUUUUGCAACCAAUUAAAAUUUUGACACUAAUUGACACAUUUUUACUUGUAAAGAAAUAAUUGAAAAUAUCAAUUUUCAUCCAAAAAAUGAUUAAAGUCUCUGGUUUUACUGUGACAAAAUGUGAGGGAGUGGGCUGAAUGCUUUUUCAAGGUACUGUAUAAGAACAGUUUAAACAAUCCCACCCCAAAUGCUGAUACGCUUUACCCUUAAUUCCCAAGUGUGACAUAUAUGUCUAUCUUCCACUGUUUUUCUGCAUCAAUGCAAGUAUCCCAAAAAUGUUUAAAUUUUUUUUUUUUUACUAUUUUGAAACCUUUAAUGUUCUGCCGAAUCCAAUUGAAUCGUUUUAAUAUUCCCACUCGCAUACCAUGCAACUGAGGCCAAACACAGAGAUCUAUCAGGAACAGAUACUGAAUUUAUUGAAGGUAUGAGUUAGAUAUGAGUCCCUUUACUGAAUGAAAGAAAUUCAGAAAAGCAGCCAAACUUGCACACGGAACAAAUGGGAAUCGAAAGGCAGAGUGAUGCACAUCCUACAUACCUCUCGUUAUGAGCAAUAACACACAGCACAGUUUCCAUUAGAGCAGUGCUCUCUGCAUGGCAGGUUUCAGGGAAAUCAACGUGAUUGUGUUUGAUUGUGGAGAUCUCACAUUUGAGGUUUGAAGCAAUAAAAGGUAAAGCUAUGCCUGCACAGAGGAAAAAAAAAAAAGAAACACUCACAGCUCAGUACUGUCAAACUAAAUUGACCAUAGCAAUAAAAUGGAUUCCCAGUAAACUUACAUCUUGUAUAUGCACACUUAGCUGCUUUUUACUGCUGUCUCAACAUUUAUGGUCACUUUGAAAGAAGUGCCUUUAUAGAGGGUUUUCUUAUUUCAUGUUGUUUUAUGAUUUCAAUUGUUUUAAAUAAAAGUGUC